UCGUGAUGCACGGUUGAGCUCCCUUGAAGAGCGAGUCUAGAGGAGGAAUCGGAAGCGGCGGCGGCGAGCUCGACUCAGGUUGAUUUAGAAUACGGGUGACAGUGGCCUGGCGCGAGCCCAUUGCUGACGAAAGCGGCUUAUCCCGCGCGGUUUCCAUGGAGACGAGCUGGAGCCGCGGCGGCGGCGGGGCUGUCAGCGAGCGCGGCGGAGCUGGCGCGUCCGUGGGGGUCUGCAGGAGGAAGGCGGAGGCCGGGGCCGGGACCCUCGCGGCAGACAUGGACUUGCAUUGUGACUGUGCAGCCGAAACGCCGGCCGCCGAGCCGCCGUCGGGGAAGAUCAAUAAAGCUGCCUUCAAAUUAUUCAAGAAGAGGAAAUCGGGUGGCACCAUGCCCAGCAUUUUUGGGGUCAAAAACAAAGGGGACGGGAAAGGCUCGGGUCCGACGGGGCUAGUGAGGAGCAGGACCCACGACGGGCUCGCCGAGGUGCUGGUGCUGGAGAGCGGCAGGAAGGAGGAGCCGCGCGGCGGGGGCGACGGCGGCGGGGGCGGCGGGGGGCGGCCGAACCCGGGGCCCCCAAGAGCCGCGGGCCCCGGCGGGGGCUCCCUCGCCAGCAGCUCGGUGGCCAAGUCGCACAGCUUCUUCUCGCUGCUGAAGAAGAACGGGCGCUCGGAAAACGGCAAGGGAGAGCCCGCGGACGCGAGCAAGGCCGGCGGCAAACAAAAGCGGGGGCUGCGGGGGCUGUUCAGCGGCAUGCGCUGGCACAGGAAGGACAAGCGGGCCAAGGCGGAGGCCGCGGAGGGGCGCGCGCCCGGGGGCGGCCUGAUCCUGCCCGGCUCGCUUACCGCCAGCCUGGAGUGCGUCAAGGAGGAGACGCCCAGAGCCACGCGCGAGCCGGAGGAGCCCAGCCAGGACGCCCCGCGAGACCCAGCAGGUGAGCCCGCAGGGGGAGAGGAGGUGCCUGCCCCCGCCGACCGCGCCCCAGCUCGGAGCUGCGGAGAGGCCGAGGGCCCCGCGCGCCCCGGCGACACCGGCGCCCGGGGAGAGGACGCCGCGGGGCAGCGGCGCGCCGAGAAGCCCCGGGCACCCCCCGAGUCGGGGCCCGGGGAGGUCCGCACGGCCGAGGACGCUUCCAGGACGGGGGCCGUUCCAGUAAAGACUGUCCCCCUUGUCGACUCCGAAGGCGGCAGCGGCCGGGCGUCCGCCGCCCCGGACCCUGCCUCGGUCGAUCCACCCUCAGACCCGUCGGCAGAUCGUAUUUGUUUGAUGUUUUCUGACGUGACUUCACUGAAAAGCUUUGACUCUCUUACAGGCUGUGGAGAUAUUAUUGCAGACCAAGAGGAAGAGGCAGGUCCCAGCUGUGACAAGCAUGUCCCCGGGCCAGGCAAGCCGGCUCUCUCUAAAAAGAACCCCGGCGUGGUGGCCUACCAAGGAGGCGGGGAGGAGAUGGCCAGCCCGGACGAGGUGGACGACACCUAUCUGCAGGAGUUCUGGGACAUGCUGUCACAGACCGAGGAGCAGGGACCCGGGCCCCAGGAGGGCGCGGCCAAAGCGGCAGCUGCACUGGAAACCAAGGUGGUGCCCGAGACCCCCAAAGACACCAGGUGUGUGGAAGCGGCCAAGGACGCGUCCUCGGUCAAGCGCAGGAGGCUCAACCGUAUUCCCAUCGAGCCCCAUCCGAAGGAGAAGCCCAAGCACCCGGAGAAGGAGCAGCAGGAGGGCGUCCCCAACAGCGACGAGGGCUACUGGGACUCCACCACGCCAGGCCCAGAGGAAGACAGCUCGAGCAGCGGGACGAAGGCGGCCAUCCCCCGGGAUAGCUACAGCGGGGACGCGCUCUACGAUCUCUAUGCUGACCCCGACGGAAGCCCAGCAACCCUUCCUGGAGGGAAGGACAGCGAGGAGACGUCCUGCUUGUCCCGGUUAAAGCCCGUGUCUCCAGGCACCAUCACCUGUCCACUGCGAACACCAGGCAGCUUGCUGAAGGACUCUAAGAUCCCUAUUAGCAUCAAGCACCUGGCCAACCUUCCAUCUAGCCAUCCCGUGGUGCACCAGCAACCCUCCAGGAGUGAGAUGCCCAGAACAAAAAUCCCGGUUUCCAAAGUGCUGGUCCGCAGAGUCAGCAACCGGGGCUUGGCUGGGACCACCAUCAGGGCAGCGGCCUGCCACGACAGUGCCAAAAAAUUGUGAGGUCUUCCAGGCCACGGUGGACGGGCCAUAUGUCAAGGAAUACAACUUUUCCCAGGAAACCACUAAAGUAAGUUUUGCUUUUCCUAAAGAAAGUCUUUUCGAAACCUCCUGCUCCAGAGCGUGGACCGAGGAGGUCUUUGUGCCCUGAGCAGGGUCCGGAUAACACCAGAAAGAGGGAUGCUACAAUUGGAAUUCUCCUCUCAAGAUAAAUCCGUGAGAAUUAUUUUCAAGCACUUUUUUCUUUUUUACUUUUAGGUUUUUCUUCUUUUUUCUUUAAUGCACUGAACACUUGGAAGUCACCUUUACUUGCCUUUGCAGAAAACAGGACUUAGCCAAACCUAAGUAAGAGUCAUGCCUGGAUGUUGGCAUGAGCCAGUGUCCAGAGGCCUGGAGGAACCACUGAAGAACCAGAGGAGAUCUCCUCUUCCAAGACGUUUCCUUCCUUCCCUUCUUUCCUCUUUCCUUUCCAGGAAAAAAAAAAAAAAGACCCUUUGCUAUAUCACUGUGUGGAAAACAUCUCCAAAGCAGAAACAGCCAGGUAUUUACCUGAUGAGCAGAGGGCACCAUUGAUUGGCAGAAAACUUCCUUACCUUCAGUUGCUAGGUAUGCAAAUUGAUAAGUAUCUAACACUGGGAAAAUAAAGGCGAGUUUUGGUUUGAUUCGUUUGGAUCAUUUGUUUGGGGAGAUAUAAAAGGCUCAGGAGAGCAGGCUUUUGCUUUUUUUGUUUUUUCUUCCCCCCACCCAGUACAGAAAUCAGGAUCAGGGAAAGAUUUUACUAAAUGCCAAUAGAUACAGUAUUUUAGCAUUUAUAAGCUGUAACCUUCUCAUGUGAAGAUAAUGCAUAUUUUACAGUUUAUCCAGCUGUUAACAUUUUGUAAUCAGUCAAUAAUCUAGAAUAUAAAAUCUGGUCUUCGAGCUAAACAUGAUGACGGUCCCCAAACCAUUGCUGUAAUGGGAAGCGAUUCUGGUUUUAUUUUGUAUGUGUUCUCUGGUUCUCAAAAACAAAAACAAAUCUAUUGUGCUGGUGUCCCAGAGGAAUGGCUCUGCCUUGUCUUGGCUAAGAGUCUGUUUCUCACUCCAAACCCCGGUUUUCAGAUAUUUUUUUAAGCUUGAUUAUAAAAUUUUGGAUUCAACCAUUCCUCAGUCUGGCGAAUGCAAAAUGAGGAACCCAUAAAGAAAAACAAUAGAAAGAUAUAGCUUUUCAUAUCAUUUGUUUUUUGCUUUAUAGACUUAUGAUGAAGACAAGUGUGUUCAGAAUAUGACACUGGCAAGCUUAUGUAUUGUAAACACCUUAUGCCAAGAUUUUUUUUGAAAAAUGGUUUGCUUCUAUGUAUGUUUUCUAAUAUUUCAGAUGAAACAUUUAUUUUAGAAAGGGCUAUUAUAUGCCUAGAUAGUUUGAAUGAUAAACUGAAGCAGUUCCUAGAAUGCUAUUAGUGUCUGAUGAUGAAAUUAAUAUCCUUUUUGAAAUACACUUCAGUGUAUUUAAUCAAAAGACCAGAGCUUCUACUAGGAGGUGAUUCAUCAUACCAGAAAGAUUAUGAAUAUUCAAGUGAAACUACACAUAUGUAAACGACAUGAACACUUCUGUAUAAGUCUUAUUUCCAGAGAGAUUGCAUUAGUAAUGAACUCUUGUUACAUGCUUUUAAAGUUUCUUUUCUGUUUUAUAAAUGAAAGAAUAAGGCAAGUUAAAUAUAUGAAAACCUAUUUUAAUAAUAUAAAGAAAGUAACGAAAUAAAUGAGCAUCAAAGGAAAGCAAAUGUGAGCCAGUAGCAGAAAGUAGGCCAUUCCCCAUUUUAAAUUUGCAAUGGUUCCAUUAGGGGAGAUUUGCUGAAUUUCUUGAUUAGUCCUAUGACUGGCUUUUAUUGCAUUGUCUCAGAUCCAUAAUGUUACUUCAAAGUAAUCUUUUAAUAUUUAAUUUCUUUAUGUAUGUAGAUGAGGCCCUGUAUGCAGACAUAGCCUUAAGCAUUCUGAACACACUACCAAGAAUUCAUAUAAGCAUCUCACACUCACGUGCUCAUGCACUCAACUGUGUGCAGACUAACAAAGACAUCUACUCUAGAUUUGGAAAUUAUUUUUGAAAUUAUUUCUGUCUUAAACAUGGGAUUUAAAUUUGAUUUCAUGAUGCUGGUACUAUUUAGAGUCAAAAUACAUUCAUUCAUCUUUCCCUAGUGGAUAGAGAAAAUAUAAAUUUUAUUCCUUGCUGUAAAACAAAGGAUCUUGAUUCCCUGGUUGUACAUUUUCCUGCAAGGGUUAUAUUCCCCUUUGCAUGAAUCCAUGGCAAAGUUUUGUUCGUUCAUUUGUUCAAUUGUACAGGAAAGUUAAGAAUACCUGAAAAACUUAAGAAACAUAUUGCCUUUCCUAUUACAAUAUUCUCAUAAGUUUUUCAGGCAAAGGCAGUAUGUCUCUUAAGCACUAGAAGAAAAGUUGUUGCUUUCACAAUUGUAGGACUUAUUUCUCCAUUUACACCAUUAUGCUGUGUCUCUUCUUUAUAAGUAAAGGAGCACGUGAGCACAGUUUAUCUUAAUUUCCACUGGCCUGUCAAUUAACCAGUUAUAAAAGAUAUACAAUAUUUUCUUUUGAAAUUUAUAUUUUCCACUUUUUAUUACCCUAUAUUUUAAAGAAUUGCACCCACACGAAUCAAAUAAAGGAUUUGGGCAAUGAAUUACACAGCCUUAAUCACUUGAUUGGAAAUCCCUGAAGUGGCAGGAAGAGUGAAUUCUCAACUUUUUCCAGUCAUAAAAAAGGGAUCAUGGUUGCUUUCUUCUGCCAAGGGCUACUUUCUCUUAUUAGUAUUCAUGGAGAUUGUUGUUUUUUUCAAGAAUUUUCCUAGAUUUACAUUCCAAUUUUUAUUAAUACAUUAUCUAAUGACCUUGUGAAGAUUAUUCAGACCCGUAUCUGCAGAUUUUUAAAGGGAAGGAUUGGAUAGAGGCUAAUUAUAUCUUUCCCAUGUAUGUAUAUUUUAAGAUAUUUAGUUGAUUGACUUCCUUUGGUUGAAAAGCUGCCCAAAUUAGACAGGAAAAAGCCAAAUCAAUUGUUGGACGAGAAUUUAUCAGUUGGUUUAAUAGCUCUGCACAAAGACAGCCUGACUUUAAUGUCUAUAAUACGCAUACAAUGUUAGCUGAAACACUCUGCUUUAGUACAGAUGGUGGUUGAUGCUUUUAUCCUGCCAUUAGCACCAAUUGGGAGAAAUUUUACUUCAGCAUUUUAAAUAAUCACAAGCAGGAGUAGAUUUUUAUUAUUUCACCUAAUAACAACAAUAGAAUAUAAGAUACAAAGGACUUCCUUUAGGUACAUUUUCCACAAAUUAUCUGCUUAUUUAAAUACAAAAUAUUUAAUAUCUAUGAAAGUGAUAGCUUACUGAGUUUAAAGAAUUUAUUUCUUCAUCUCAGAGGUAAUCUCCCAAGUAUUUGCAAUUAAACAGUAUGCAAAUAGCCCUUUGCUUACACAAUUAUCCAGGUAAAAAGACGAUUUCAGGUGUUGAGAUUUCUUUGAAUUUUCUAAGAGUUUUCAUUAUUUAUGCCUUUGUCAGAUCAAUUGUAAAGGGGACUCUUGACUUUAGCUUGGUAUGAAGAGAUUGGCUCAUGCAGCUCGUGUCUCCUAAGUGUCCAGACAGCAGUGAUAGGACACUUCACAUGACGCUAGCAUGUUUGCUCCGUCCGCGUGGGGGAAUGCAUUCUCUGCUGUCAGUCAUUCUAAAUUUCUCUCUCAAAUUACAAACAUAUGGAUUUGGCUCCCCUGAUGCUUGGCUUCUACUGAGACCUGUUCCAGGACAUUCACAUAUGCUUUGAUCCCACUCUCACUGUUAAGAAAUAAAUUCAAGAAGGUUUUUGCAGUUAAACAUAAGGCAAAUGCAUCACAAUUGCCUCACUCAUCACUGAGGAAAGCUAGUUUAAAGUAUCUGAGUGAAAUAAGAGGAGAAACCCAAAUACCUCACCUAACCCAGUUUCCCAUUCCCCUCCUCCAGGCAGAGCAAGGAAUGAAUGGAACAGUUCUUAAUUGUAAAAACUCAGCCUUAUAAAAUUUCAAUUCAUUACACACAAAAAAUGUUUAUGAAACGGUUUGGGACCAAAGGGAUGGAUAGUAGGUUAGAUGAGUGUUUUAUAGAGCCUGCGUGGGAAAGCAAAAGGCAAGUGUGGACUUCACAGGCAGAAGCGAGCUGUAACACUGUCAGUGUAGUGAGUGUGGCUCCUCACAGGCGGCCAUUGAUUGUGAGACUUCAUCUUGCUCUGAAGAUUUCCUGGUGGCUGUCAUGCGUUGCUUCUGAAAAGCCUUGUACUGUGGUAACGGUUUAAAGGAGACAGUUUGCUGCAACAAUAGCCACGUCUAAGGAAUGUUAUUAUCUCACUGCAGAUGAUGUUUGUAAGAGGUGAUUCAGAAUGAUAGUUUCAUGAUUAUGGAAAGGAGUUCCUUCUCAAACUGCAAAAGGAAAGAUGAACAUAGUCACAAAGCCUCCAGAACUGAAAUUGGACACCUUUUAUGAUUGAAAUGUACUUCAAUUCAAUGCAACACAUAUUUAUGGGGCAUACACUGUUUCUAAUACGUAUAAAACCCAUUCAGUUUGGAGCUCACACCUGAGUUGUGCUGUAACUGGAUUUUCUUAAUAUUCAUUAAAAACACAAAACAAUUUUAUUUUACCUUUUAUUUUGUGUUUGCAGUUGUUGCUUAUAGUUUGUGGGGUGGAGCAGAGUGGUGUGAGGUUGAAGAAAGGCACUAUGAAUUAAGCCACAGAAAUGCCUCUAAAAAAUAGUAAAUGUAACAAUGGUUAAAUUCAUUGGAUUCUUAUUAUGUGUCAGGCGCUGCAAGGAGAUUUAGAAAUAAUGACUUAGUCCUCUUAACAGCCAUAUGGGGUAGGUAAUAUUAUCUCCCUAGCACGACAGCUUCAAUUCACCCUUUUGGUUUCUGUCCCUUUCCAUCUCUGUCUCUCUCUCUCUUUUCCCCUGGUCUCUAGGACAGGGAUAUAAAGUCUUUAGUGAUUUUCAGUAACUGAAGAGCUGAGAACUGCUUAAUGUCAUUGUUAGCUCACUUCUGAUAGAAAGAGCCACCCCAUGUCCAUGCAGCUGAAAAUUAGUUUUGUGUCUGAGAUGAUGGUGCUCACAAUCAUGUACAGGGAACCGUGCCGCUGUGCUAUGCUGAGCAGGCAAACAUUGGCCUUCCCUUGGAGGGAUCCUCUUCUCUUAGGAUAAACGUGGGAAGUACAGACGGAAAUGUCUUCUGUUGUCACGGCGAUGCUGCCUCCCGAUAGGCUAUCAUUCAUUCCAAGCAUGUUUGUUUCAUUUGCAUUUUUUCCUACCUUAAACCCAGUCUCAGUGGGUUCUCGGUGGUCUAGGCAUAUGUGUGUGUGUUUUAAUUGUAGUAAGAAUAUUGAAUAUGAGAUGUACCCUCUAUAAUCUUUUUUUUUUUUUUUUUUUUUUUUUUUUGAGAUAGAGUCUCACUCUGUCACCCAGGCUGUAGUGCAGUGGCGUGAUCUCGGCUCACUGCAACCUCCGCCUCGAGGGUUCAAGCAAUUCUCCUGCCUUCGCCUCCCAAUUAGCCGAGACUACAGGCAUGUGCCACCACGCAUUUGUAUUUUUAGUAGAGACAGGGUUUCACCUUGUUGGCCAGGCUGGUCUCAAACUCCUGACCUCAAGUGAUCUGCCCGCCUCAGGCUCCCAAAGUGUUGAGAUUACAGGCCUAAGCCACCGUGCCCAGCCUACCUUCUUUAAGUUUUAAGUCCACAAUACAGUAUUGUUAACCAUUGACAAAUGCUGUACAGCCAAUCUCCGUAACCCACGCAUCCUGUGUAACUGGAACUCUGUGCCCACCAAGCAGCAGCUCCUCAUUUCCGCCCCCAGCCGCCCCUGGCAACCAUCAUCCGCUCUCUGCUUCUAUGAGUUUGGCUAUUUUCGGUCCCUUAUAGAAGUGGAAACGCGCAGUAUUUGUCCUUCUGUGACUGGCUUAUUUCAUCGAGCACAGCGUCCCCCAAGUUUAUCCAUGCUGUUGCAUAUGGCAGGAUUUCCUUCAUUUUUCAGGCUGAGUAACAUUCCCUUGUAUGUAUACGCUGCAUUAAAAAACCCAUUCACCACUGGCAGGCAUUUAGAUUAUGUCCACGUCUUGGCUAGUGUGAGUAACGCUCCAAGGAACGAGGGAGUGAAAAUAUCUCUUUAAGAUCAUGAAUUCAGUGUUUUGUUUUGUUUUUACAUAUUUUUUUACAUAAAUACCCAGAAGUAGAAUUACUGGGUCAGUCAUACGGUGAUUCUAAUUAAAAAUAGAGUUAUUUUUAAUUUUUGGAAGAACUUCUGUACUGCUUCCCACAGUGAUUGUGUGUCUGUUUACAUUCUUACCAAUGCUGCACAAGGACGCCAAUUUCUCCACUCUUUCCCAACUUGUUAUCUGUGUGGUUUGUUUCAAUGACAGCUGUGUGAGUUGUCUCUUGCUUUGAUGCAAUUGUGAACUUCGGAAAUAAGCACCUGGUUCCUUUAAAAGCAGUCCAUCCUAUGUUGUGUCUACAGCCAUUGAAUCCUGGCCUACAUUUUCUGAUUCAUUAACUCAUUCCACUAAUAGCUAUUGAAGACCGUCAACAAGUCAGUCACUGUGAAGAUAAGUAUUUUAUGUUGAAAUCUACUUACAUAUCCUGUAUGUUUACUAUGGUGUCAGGGAGGAUGCUCUGUGCUUUUUUUUUUUUUUUUUUUUUUUUCACAUUGUUAUCUUUACUGUUCACAAGAACCAUGUAAGGUAGGUAUUGGUAAAAUGGGGUAAUUUUGGAAAUUCUUCAAUAAUCAAGUAGAAUAACUUUUUGCUCUAUGUAAGAAGAUAUGUUUUAAAUAAGAUAGAGGCUAGGUUUCUGGUUAUUUGAGACAUAUUGUACUUUAUCAGAUACUCUCAGACCUGAAUCAUUUAGUAAACUAAAGCAGAAACACUAAAAAUACCUGGUUCAAUAGCACAGGGGCACAGAGCAGACACGCAGAAAACGCUUGUUCGCUUGCCCUGAAAUGGCUCCGGGUGGCCUGAAAGAAUUAAUGAACCUUCUCAAAUAUCUACGUUACAACCAUUGGUUCCCACUACACAUUUAUUUCUAAAUAAAGGAGGAGAAACUCUAGCAAAGUAAUAUUGAACAUUUUCAUUUCUUCCAGGAUAAAUCUUACUGAACAUGGAGGAUCCGAUAGUGGUAGGUCUAUCAGGAAUAUCAGGGAAAAUGCUUUUGAUGUUGUAGGCAGAGUAAAUUCCUGUCAUUUGUACUUGACCCCAGCUGCCGAGCAAGCUCACUGCGAGCUUCAGGUUUUACCCAAGUUAUUUAUAUAAAGUAUCUCGGUGUAAUCGAGGGAAUUGUAGGUUAUUUGAAAAUAGUAACAAAGAAAACCCAAAUGAGAAACUCCAUUUCUAUAAUUAGUUUUCCUGAAAGUCAGGCGUGUCUUUGAGGACAAGCUUUUGGCGGUAUUAUUUUUGUGCACAGGAGGAAAAUUGUUAGUAGGUUUAUAGAUAUUAUUUUUAUAAUAGAAUGUUAAACCCCUGAAAAACAUCAAAAAUUGUCUCCUAGAACUAAUUCUAUGUUUUAAAAACUUGUUUUAAAAAAAGGAUUCUACAUAGCAAUAGGGUCUUUUCUCCUUUCUCCACUCCAGUGGUUUAAUGGGAUAGAGGAAUCAAUGUUUCUAUUUUUAAACCUGUAACUAUUUUAUUUUGGAUAUUUUGUAUAUUUGUUGAUGUGAUUCCAUUUUGUGCAUAUGUACCAUUGUGCAUGUUGCUGUUUUUGAUAGUCACUCUUUAAAUGAAUGUAAGAAGCUUGGACUAAUAGCACUUUUCAUGUUCCAUUCAAACAUCUGAAAAUGAAACUACAACACUGCCAUUUUAAUUGUUGUGUUUAAUUCAGUCAAUAAAUUUUGUUGCUCCUUUGCAUUUAAAGUGAA